AUGUCUUUGCGGAACACUCUUCGUCAAUCGUGGGUUUUCCAGAAUCGCCUAUGCCAUAUGGCUUCUCAUUUCUCCAGUAAAUCAGCGGGGUCAUCCCUCGCUGACCUUCCAAAGUCGAGUGUUUUCACCUCCAAGCUACCCCCUGAUCCUGCAUUCGAGACUCCGGCUUCAUCUCACAACGCACCUCGACAAACCCUUGGUCCCCGCUUGGUUAAAGGUGCCCUGUAUACCUUUGUUCGUCCCGAACCAGCGGAAGAGCCGGAAUUGCUGGGAAUCAGUCCCAGAGCCAUGGAGGACCUCGGACUACAAUCGGGUGAAGAGCAGACCGCCGAUUUUAGGGAGUUGGUUUCUGGUAACAAGUUCUACUGGGACGAAGAGAAAGGGGGCAUUUACCCUUGGGCGCAGUGCUAUGGAGGCUGGCAAUUUGGUGUUUGGGCGGGUCAACUCGGAGACGGGCGUGCGAUAAGCCUUUUUGAGAGCAUCAACCCUGAGACAAAGAUUCGUUAUGAGCUGCAGUUGAAAGGUGCCGGUAGAACACCCUACUCUCGCUUUGCUGAUGGACAGGCUGUGCUUCGGUCAAGUAUCCGUGAAUAUAUCGUAUCGGAAGCGCUUAAUGCUCUCGGCGUGCCCACCACUCGCGCCCUCUCCCUCACCUUGUUGCCAAAGUUAAAAGUCCUUCGGGAACGCAUUGAACCGGGGGCUAUCGUUGCUCGGUUUGCCGAAUCCUGGCUGAGAAUCGGGACCUUUGAUCUGCUGCAUGCGAGAGGGGAUCGGGACACAAUCAGAAAAGUUGCAACUUUUCUUGCCGAAGAUGUCUUCCAAGGAUGGGAAUCUCUUCCAGCAGCCGUGCCACUGGGGAAGGACCAAUCCACGGCAGCUGUGGAUAACCCAAGCAGAGGUGUUUCUCGUGAUGAAAUUCAGGAGCACCAAGGAGUGGAGGAAAACAGAUUCACACGACUAUAUCGAGAAAUUGCACGACGCAACGCGAAAACAGUGGCUGCCUGGCAAGCUUAUGGAUUCAUGAAUGGCGUGCUGAACACCGACAACACCUCGCUAUACGGCCUCUCGAUUGACUAUGGCCCAUUUGCUUUCAUGGACAAUUUUGAUCCUCAAUAUACACCGAAUCAUGAUGAUCAUUUCUUGAGAUAUUGUUACAAAAACCAGCCCAGUAUCAUAUGGUGGAACUUGGUGCGGCUUGGAGAGUGUUUGGGUGAACUUGUUGGGGCAGGCCGUGACGUUGAUAAAGAGGAUUUUGUCAAAGACGGAUUGACCGAGGAAUCUGCAGAGACCGCCGUUAAGCAUGCCGAAAAGCUCAUUGAACGAACAGGCGAAGAGUUCCGCACAGUGUUUUUGAACGAAUACAAGCGCUUGAUGAGUAGAAGACUAGGGCUGAAGACCCAGAAGGAAUCCGAUUUCCAAGAGCUUUUCUCUGAGAUGCUUGAUACCCUGGAGGCGCUGGAACUCGACUUCAAUCACUUCUUCAGACGACUCUCCAAGUUAUCGCUCGCCGAGAUAGAGACUGAAGAGGAUCGGAAAGCAGUAGCCUCGAUUUUCUUCCACACCGAAGGUUUUGGGGGCAUCGGGUACACCGAGGAUUCUGCCAAGGACCGCAUUGCAAAGUGGCUUAAUAGUUGGAGGUUGCGGAUUCUGGAGGACUGGGGCACUGACCACAAUGCGGAAAGACAGAGAGCCAUGGAAGCAGUCAAUCCAAAUUUCGUCGCCCGUGGAUGGAUCCUUGACGAAGUGAUUGAGCGUGUGGAACGCAAAGGGGACCGAGAGAUCUUGGGACGUGUCAUGCAAAUGGCAUUAAACCCCUUCGAAGAUGAGUGGGGCCUGGAUAAGGACGAGGAGGAACGAUUCUGCGGUGACGUGCCUCGAUUUAAGAGAGCGAUGAUGUGUAGCUGUAGCUCGUGA